AGGAGACAGUUUUUGGGUCGGAAGUUGGUAAAUAUAAGAGGCUGAGUACGACAAUCUGGCAACGUUGCUUCCCACCACAAGCUUUUUCGAAGUCAUUGGUGAAGACUCGGUGUCGCAUGCAUUUACUGCCAUCAUCUGAAGCUGCGCGGUAUAUUAUCUUGUUUGUUGCCGACACGAAAGGAAAGUGAGAAUAGAAUGAAGGUGCUACUCUACGUGCUGUGUUUCUUGAUAAUAAACUCAGAGUGUCAAGUGACAGGAAAUGAGGCACUCGAGGAGAAUGAGACGGUUAAGCAAGCCCAUGACGAGAAUAAGCCAGUUGCUGAGGAGAGCGUUAGGGUGAUGAAAACAAAGACGCAAAGAGCAAAUGAGGCGGUGAAUGAGAAGAGCGGGGAGGAGAAGGAUGAGGCGUCGUUACCACCAAAUAUUGUUCUCUUCUUGGCUGAUGACCUUGGCUAUGGUGACCUCAGCUUCUCAGGUCAUCCCACCUCCAGAACCCCGGAGAUCGACGCGCUGGCCAGGCAGAGCCGCUACUUCACGCACAGCUACGUCACUAGUCCACUGUGCAGCCCCUCCAGGGCGUCCCUCCUGACGGGCCGGCAGCACGUGCGCAGCGGCGUGUACCCCGGGGCAUUUGUGGCGGACAACACCCUGGGGCUGCCUCGUGAGGAGACCACACUCGCUGCCAUCCUCAAGAGCAAGGGCUAUGAAACCUUGAUUGCCGGCAAGUGGCACCUGGGUGUCGGGCUGCAGGGGGAGUACCUGCCCACUCACUUUGGCUUCGACCACUACCUGGGGCUGCCCUACUCCCACAAUAUGUGCCCCUGCUACACCUGCUUCCCGGGGCCCGUCCCCUGCCAAGGCAACUGCUCAGUCAGCAAAGUCUCCUGUCCACUCUAUAGUGACACCACCAUUGUUGAGCAGCCGGUUGACCUGCUCUCCCUCACCCCUCGCUUGGUGGACACGGCCGUCACCUUCAUUGAUGACGCGGCCUCCUCGGGCACACCAUUCUUCCUCUACUUCCCGUUCCUCCAUGUCCAUCACCCACAAUUUGCCUCUGAAGAGUUUGCAGGCACGAGUCUGCGUGGCAAGAUAGGGGAUGCCCUGAGGGAGAUGGACUGGGCGGUGGGCCGGGUGGUGGCUGCCCUGGACCAGCACGGCCUCCUGUCCUCCACUCUCAUCUGGUUCUUGUCUGAUAAUGGGCCCAGUCUGAGGAGGCACGAGCGUGGUGGUUGUGCCGGGCCUCUCCGGUGUGGGAAGGGCACUACCUGGGAGGGAGGGGUGCGGGUGCCCAUGUUUGUUCACUGGCCACCACAAGUACCUCCAGGUCUGAGUGAUGGCCUGGUGUCGGCUCUCGACCUCCUGCCUACCGUGGCCUCUCUGGUGGGCUUCAACACAUCUGGGCUCACCCUUGAUGGUGUGGACAUCAGCCCACUGCUUUGGGAUCCCUCCGUACCUAGUCCAAGGCAGUACAUGGCUGUCUACCCCAGCAGCCCCAGCCCCGAGGUGGGUCCCCUGGCCGUGACCAGCGGUGCAUACAAGGCUCACUUCUACACCAUGGGAUCAGACGUGUCUGAUGCUGAUAAUUAUGACCCAAUGUGCCCUGGUAGUCAUCCACUGACCCCCCAUGACCCACCCCUCCUCUUCCACCUCCACAGUGACCCGGGAGAACGUUAUGACCUUGCUGCCGACCCUCAGUACAGUGGUGUGUUGAGUGAUCUCACAGCCUGGCGGGAUGAGCACAUGAACGGGAUGACCUGGCGUGAACCUCGCACAGUACCUACUGACCCUAGUGCUGAACCCUGCUGCACCUCCCCAUCCUGCACGCCCUUCCCCCAGUGUUGUGACUGCCCGCCCUCCACCCUCACAACCCCUUCUUCCCCUGACACCACCCCUGCCACCCCCUAACCAAUGUCUGCAUGCCCCAUCCUCUGUCAGCAACGGGUCAACACACAAGUUUUCUGAUAACUGUACUAUAUAUAAAAAAUAUGAAACAUUUGUUUUCUUGGGGAUAUUUUGGCUCCUUGUCUGCCUAUAUAGCUGGGAUUCUUGAUAAUGGUAAUAAUCAUGAAUAAAACUUCAACUAAG